AUGGAGAAGGAAAAGAGAGUUGAAUCACCGGGGAUUGAAAGUGUCUCAGGCAUCGUUGAUUUCACCUGUAUCACCAAGCCCCGUAUUGAUAUCGGCAGUGAAGACACAUACAUCGCAGCCUAUCUACAUGGCGGUAAUGCUGCGCUGAACUUCUCUCGAACAACCUACACGUACACAAGCGACUAUAAUGACCCCUUAGGGCUACCUUCAGAGCACCAUUUGGAACCACACUCGUCAUCAGAGGGAGAUGAGAUCUCUAUUCUUCGAUUGCCAGCGGCUGGAGGAAGGACAAGGAUUGGAGCCUUUGCCUGUAAUGCUAGGAUAGCAGGAAGUGGUAACAUCAGCAUAGGAACCGUCAUCAUGAGCAGAAACGCUGAUUUCCUCCCUACCCGAGUGAGUCAGACGGUAAACCGGGGAGAUGCAGUCAAUCUGACCGUCACUGCAACAGACCCAGCCCGUACCGACACUCGAUGGAGAAAGAAUGGCGGUGGAGUCUUCUCAGACAGAAGCGACAGUCUGUACUUUGAUUUCAUCAAUGCCACUCGCUCGAACAGCGGGGUUUUCGAGGUCCACUUAAGUGGGCAACGUAGCCGUGGAAACCAGGCACUCAUGCGGUUGAUUGUCACAGCUUGCACAAAGAAUAAAUGGAAUGCACCCUCGUGUGACAGAGACUGCCCGGUCUGUCUCAAUGGUGGUGUGUGUGACGACCGGAAUGGAGACUGCAUUUGCCCGCCUGGCUUUAGUGGUGACCUCUGCGAAAUGCCGGUAGGCCCCAACCGUUUUGGCCAAUCGGGAAGUUUUGGCUGCUACUCACCUGAGUUAGGAGGCGGUCCUACGUGUGCAGGGAAGCUGUUCUGUUUACCAGAUCCUUAUGGCUGCUCGUGUGCUGCAGGGUACCAAGGAAUCGACUGUGAUGAAACAUGUGCGGAUGGUUUCUACGGAGCAGACUGUGCACAGACAUGUCACUGCAUGGACGGGGUCGCGUGCGACAGAACUACGGGCGAGUGUCGAGGGGACUGCGCGCCAGGAUUCACGGGCAUCAACUGCCAAGAUGUGAUUCAAUCUCUCACCCUGGAACCCUCAAGAAACGACAUCCGUGUCUCCUGGUCAAGAGCCGGAGACGAGCUCACCCUUUGCCCUAGGGCCUCGUACUGCGUCAGUUACCAACUUCUCAACUUGGAGCAGUGCCAACCGCAGACCGAUUCCAUACUGGAGGAUGCAGGAAUCGCAAACGAUAACAGCAUUGUAAUACGCUUACUGUAUACACACUCCACGUACAGGGUGCAUGUGGCUUCCGAAAAUAACACAUUGAUCCAAACAAUGGAGACUACGACUGAAGAAGGAGUCCCAUUGGUUGGGCCUAAUUUGAUCUACACAUCUUCGUCCAAUCAAAACGCUCGUUUUUCAUGGCAUCCCAUUCCUUGCGGUGAACGAGGCGGUAACAUCACAGGCUACACGUACGAGCUGCGCGGCGCUUCAGGAGCUGUGAUAGAAACUGAAAACACCACGGCAGAGUCAGUUGAAGUUGAUGGUCUGUCACAAGGGGCGCCCUACUCCUUCAGGCUGCGGGCGUUCACACGUGUAGGUCCGGGACCCUGGACAACGGUUGCUGUAGAAUCUCCUAAAGUCAACUAUGCCGACUCUGGAUCGUAUCGAAAUGCUGUCAUUGUCGCAGCAACUCUUGGAGUCGUCAUUGGCGCCUUACUCAUCACUGCGGCGCUUGCAUCUCUGAUAGCUUUUACCAAAUACGGGCGACGACGAAAGCAGCAUAUUGAUAACCGGGAAUAUCGAAUUCCAAAGGCAGUUGAGGAUGCAGAGGUGGUCUAUGAUUACGUCCGUGAUGAAGUGGAACUUUAAGAAGCUGUCAGCAACACCAUGCCGUGCAACGCCCCGUGUGGCGUCAUCGUCCACCGAAGCGGCAACAACACGUGUGCCAUCCGCUAAGCACACAUCAGCACCUCAGAUAUCGUCUAUGUCACGUAAUGAGGGUUGCGUGUACUACGAAAACAAAAUCAUGCCAUAGUUCCUUUUGGCUUUAGGUAUUGCAAGCAAUAAAAGGAACGCCGCUUAUAGGUAUUUUUCCUUGGUGAUGAUAAUUUUCAAUUAUGAUGUUCGUUUGAGCUUAACCAAAAGUUAAGCUAUUUUAAAACUUUAGACUCAUAUCAUUUGGAUGUUGCUUAGCACAGCAUUGACCCGACUGGUAAUGAAAGCAGUAACUCGCAUUACAGUUGCCUAAAAUCGUUUAGACCAUGAAGCUUAAUCCGAAACUAACGUCAAAAAGGAGGUAAAGGAAAAUCCCCCCCCCCUCCUUUCCAAAACAUAAUUAUAAUGGGUCCAUCACUCCACCUCUAGGUGGCGCUGUUCAGCCAGGCAAGGAUGGUAAGCCUAUUGUAUUGUUCACGCCUUCAGUUGUUCGUAUCUUAUGGUUCAUCAGUCGUCCUUUUUUUUAAAGUUGUUCGAAGAUUAUCUCCUACUCUACUUCCUCUCGUGCAAAAAAUCAGGGUUCAUUUUUAAUCCCCAUGGGGCUAUUUUCUUUGAGAUGAGUAAAUAUGGGUGCAAUCAAACAAUGAAACCUAUACGCCAUAAUGUUGACGCUGUUUUAUGCCAGUCACAGAAAUCUUAUCACGACAGAAAACGUAUAGAUCAUGGCUACGGUCAGUAAGCAGUCGAAAUGUCAAAAAAUGUGGUUUAGAUUAUCUGUGCACGACACUUGAUUUUUCUACCACAGCAAUAUUUUCUGUGGUUUACAUAAUUAUAUACCAGCAUUGUAACAUUUCAUUUCCGUGUUUAUCCAAUCGUGAAUGUUGUUGGUUUUGUUGUAAAAUUAAAUUCACAGUCAGUGCUUGAGCGCAAGAU